UUUCUCUCCUCAGUGUCAGGAUGCACUGGAUUGCAUAGGCAGGGUAGGAAGCAUGUCAUGAGAGGUGAUGACACAGCCACGGAGCUGUGGCCACAUCCUCGUAGACUGUUUUGACUGCUGGCGACUUCUUUUUGCCUCGUACACUCCUGCUGGAGCUGAGAAAGCUAAAGAUAGCCAUCCCUAUGUUCUCUUGCUCUCCUUUUUCGGUUUGCCUUUGGAUGAUGGGAUAAUAACCAUGUGGAAGAUAUUUGAGUGGUUCCCCUGGAUUUUGCUGACAUUGUUCCUCGCUCCACUUGGUUUCCCCUGAACAGGAUGGACACUCUGGAGUCAGAGCUCACCUGCCCAAUCUGCUUGGAGCUCUUUGAGGACCCGCUGCUGCUCCCCUGUGCCCACAGCCUAUGUUUUGGAUGUGCUCACCGCAUCCUUGUCUCACACUGUACCACUAACGAAUCGGUUCAAAGUAUCAGCGCCUUCCAGUGUCCCACGUGCAGAUAUGUCAUAUCCUUGAGACCUGAUCGUGGACUUGAAGGACUCAAGAGGAACGUGACCUUGCAAAACAUCAUUGAUAGAGUUCAGCAGGCCUCGACAUCAAGUGGCCUUCCUCUGCCGCUGCCCCUUCCCGCCCCUCAAAGUGGGCCCAACUCGCCUGGUGAAGAAGACAGCGAGCGGUUGGCUCUAGUCCCCGUCAGUGCUGCAAUGUCGAGCCCGGGAACGUCUCCAGAACCGGUCCAGUGCCAGUUUUGCGAGCAGGAUCCGCCAGAGGAGGCGAUCAAGACAUGCGUGACGUGUGAAGUGUCCUACUGUGAGGAGUGCCUCAGGGCCACUCACCCCAACAAGAAGCCAUUUACUGGACAUCGGCUCAUUGAGCCCAUGCCGGGCUCCCACCUGCGAGGGCUGCAAUGCUUGGAGCAUGAGGAGGAGAAGGUCAACAUGUACUGUGUAACUGAUGACCAGCUCAUCUGCUCCCUCUGCAAACUGGUGGGAAGACACAGAGACCACCAAGUGGCAGCACUGAGUGAACGCUUUGAAAAACUCAGGCAAGCAUUGGAUUCAAACCUGAGUAAUCUCAUCAAGAGAAACAACGAGCUCGAGUCGCUGAUGGGAAAAUUGAUUCAGACUUGUCAACAUGUGGAGGUGAAUGCAUCCCGCCAGGAGGGCAAGCUCUUGGAUGAGUGCGACACUUUGAUCGACAUCAUCCAGCAGAGGAGACAAAUUAUUGGCAACAAGAUUAAGGAGGGGAAAGCGCAAAGGCUACGCAAGCUAGCCCAGGAGAUCUCCAACUGUCAGCAGUGUAUCGAGAGAUCCUCUGUGCUAAUCACACAAGCUGACCAGACACUGAAAGAGGGGGACCACGCCCGCUUUCUGCAGACUGCUAAAAGCAUCAACGACAGGGUUUCCAUGGCAACUGCAUCAACCCAAGUGCUUAUUCCUGAGAUACAUCUGACAGACACAUUUGACAACUUUGCCCUGGACUUCUCCAGAGAGAAGAAACUGCUGGAAAAUCUCGAUUACCUCACUGCUCCGUCUGCACCGUGCAUUAGGGAAGAGCUAUGCACAGCAUCCUAUGACACUAUCUCAGUCCACUGGACAUCUGAUGAUGAAUUCACAGUAGUGUCGUACGAACUCCAAUAUGCCAUCUUCACUGGACAGUCCAACAUUGCCAGUUUGUGCAACUCAUUGGAGAGCUGGAUGAUUGUGCCCAAUAUCAAACAGAACCACUACACUGUACAUGGCCUGCAGAGUGGCACCAAGUAUAUCAUCGUUGUCAAAGCGAUUAACCAAGCGGGGAGUCGAAGCAGUGAACCGGGGACUCUGAAAACUAACAGUCAGCCCUUCAAGCUGGACCCCAAAUCUGCUCACAAGAAGCUAAAAAUCUCACACGACAACCUGACGGUGGAGCGUGACGAGAGCACAUCCAAAAAAGGCCACAGCCAAGAGCGCUUUUCCAGCCAGAGCAGCUACGGGGUGGUGGGGAACGUUUAUAUUGACAGUGGGCGGCACUACUGGGAGGCUAUGAUUGGGGGAAGCACUUGGUACGCCGUGGGUAUAGCAUACAAGUCAGCGCCUAAGCACGAGUGGAUCGGCAAGAACUCAUCCUCAUGGGUGCUCUGCCGUUGUAACAACUCCUGGGUGGUCCGCCACAACAGUAAAGAUCUGGCAAUUGAGCCUUCGCCCCAUCUGCGCAGAGUAGGCAUCCUCUUGGACUACGACGCUGGCCAACUCACCUUCUACGACGCCGUGGGCUCUCAGCAUUUGCACACCUUCCACAUCUCCUUCGUGCAACCCGUGUGUCCUGUGUUCAAUGUGUGGAACAAGUGUCUGACAAUCCUUUCGGGCCUCCCCAUUCCUGACCAUCUGGAAGAACUAGAGCCUCAAGAAUAAGCACAUCCACAAGCCAAGUAACACUUGUCCUGCACUUGAUAGUUCCUUUUACUUGCUGUGAUUUUCUUUGGCUACUUCCCCAAAAGUCAGCUACUUAGAGUUGAGAUAAUCGUACUGUAUUGUUUUUGCCUCUGUGACAAUCCUAACCUGAGUGGAUGGUUAGCCGUAAACAUUCCAAAUAAAUCCACAUUUUCUUUGCAGACAUUCCCACACAACUUCAAAGGAGUUUGCACAACAGGGAGAAAGGGAGAAUGUAUGGAAAUUAUUUUCAAUUUCACACUAGCAGUGACACUGUUUUACAUUAUGGCUAUUCUUGACAAAAGACCAAAGUAAAUACAGCUGAACCUUGAUUUUACUGGCUUCGAUUUUAUGCGACUUUAUGUCUAACGCAAUUUGGUCAUCGACCCCACUGAUCUUGAAGUAGUAUUUUAAAUGGCAGAUAUUAUGACCGUACGGACCUAAAUGACUAGCGCGUAAACUUUAGCGCUCUGCUUACGUUAAUAGGACACGACAUCCCAACAUGAUCGCUACCCUGAUUGGUAAAAUAAUAAUUUUUAAUGAUUAUAUUGGAUUAAUUUUCACCCAGAACAAUGAUGUUGUUCUCCAAAUGCAAACGUGUUUGUUCCUUAGUACCGUAAUCUUCGGACUAUAAGUCGCACCGGAGUAUAAGUCGCACCAGCCAUAAAAUGCCCAAAAAAGUGAAAAGAAAACAUAUAUAUGUAUAUAAGUCGCUCCUGAGUAUAAGUCGCCCCCCCACCCAAACUAUGAAAAAAAAACGCGACUUAUAGUCCGAAAAUUACGGUACGUAUUUCCCUACUGCAAUUUCCCGAUACACUGGCUCUGAUUUUAUUACACUUUCAAGAUUAUUUCAAUAACGUGGUUUUGAGGUAACGUGAUUCCCAAAUUCUGGACCCACAAGUGCACGUAAAAUCGAAGUUCGGCUUUUCUGUUAUCAGUACAGAUGAUUUUAUAAUAUAAUUUCUGAAAGCAUUUUGGAAAAAAAGGGGAAAAAACAGAAACAAAAAUCAAAUAUGUUUACUCUAUUUGGAGCUUUUGACAGCUUGUAUUGGGAAAGCAAUGAAUUUGUAUUGCUGGCAAUGAUACUUGUUGGUCUGUUGAAAUGCACACUUUAUUCUCUGUUUUGGCAAACUGAGCUGUUGUUGACAACUUAUCCUGAACACACUGCACACACUUCAGAUACCGAUUUUCACACGGGUCUUAGUUGUUUGCUAAGAUAAAAAGAUUCACAUUGCCCACAAUGACCUCACAAAAUGAGAGUAGAUUUGCAGUAAUUUGUGUGAUUGUGUAUAAAUAAAUGCAAAAACCUAAUAAUUUUACUUUUCAUAGAAAAUGUAAUGUUUAUGGAAAAUUAAUUUCAAACAAGACAGUUUACUUACAAAGAAGAAGAAAGAUAGUUUAGAUUCUAAAACCCUUAAUUUACUUUUGAUAGCAAUCAACUGGAGCUUCUCAGUGUAAAUACUGUAAAAUUAUUUGCUUUUAUUUUCCGAUGGUGUUUUGUUGUAAAACCUGGUCCAUCUUAAGGUGUGUGAAUUCUGUGUUUCCAUGGGAAUACAUUAACUAGCUGUGUAUAUAUAUAUGUGUAUGUAUAUAUAUAUAUGAAUAAAAUAUUUGCAUCAGUGUUCUAUCCUGUCUGAAUGGACA